GAGCUAGCAACCGGAAGCCAGUUUCCGCGCUCUCAGCGCGGAAUUAAAGAGUGGCGGGAGUUGUUGUAGACUCGGUACUGUUGUAAAAAAAGUAAGUUUACUUUCACUAAAAUCGGAAAACCUGUCAAAAACGCAGGUGGAAUUUGCACGGAGCGAUCUGUUACACUUUGUUCUAGUCAUGGAUUAUAACAAAAGGCGCAAUGGCGGCCCCUUUCCGAGCGGUGGGACCCAAGUGAAACGCAGCAAGACGGCUGGUGAAUGGGAGGACAGUCCCUCACACUUUGAGGAGGAACUGUCCAUGUUUGAUGAAGCAGAGAUGGAUUUAGAGGAGAUGGAGGGGCAGGCCGGACAUGAUGUCAUCCCUGUUGGUGAACUCUUUUCAGCAGAUCUUAACCCUCGCUGGCGGAGGCCGAAUGCGCCCCCACUGGAACCAUCCUCUGAUUCUUUAGUGUUUCAACAAAUAGAUCUGGACUAUUAUUUAGGAGCGGCGGUGGCCGGCAUGCCUGGCCAGCGACAUGGAAAAGUCCCCAUCAUUCGAAUGUUUGGGGUGACGGACAGUGGAAACAGCGUGUGUUGUCACAUUCACGGUUUUGCGCCUUACUUCUACGUCCCGGCCCCAAACUGGUUCACACCGCAUCACUUGAGUGACUUCAAAAGAGAGCUGAACUCUGCGGUGUUGAAGGACAUGCGCUCCAACAAAGACAACAUCUCCGUCACCGUGCUGGCUGUGGACAUCACGUGCAAAGAGAGUAUGUACGGUUACCACGGGCAAAAGAGUUCGGAUUUCUUACGGAUCACCAUGGCGAUGCCUCGACUCAUCGCCCCCGCAAAGCGACUGCUGGAGCAAGGCUUGAAGUUCGGGUCUUUUCCCGUCAAUUUUUACCAAUCGUACGAGGCCAACAUUGAUUUUGAAAUCAGAUUCAUGGUGGACUGUGACGUGGUCGGAUGCUGCUGGAUUGAGCUACCUAAAGGAAAGUACAGAGUCCGUGAGGAGAGGAGUCCCGGAGAGAUGGAUGCUAAUCAUCCGGGCAAGGUGUCCCUGUGCCAGUACGAGGUGGAUGUGGCAUGGACCAACUUGAUCAGUCAUCCUGCAGAAGGAGACUGGCAGAAGAUCGCUCCUCUGCGAGUCCUCAGCUUUGACAUUGAAUGUGCAGGAAGAAAAGGGAUCUUUCCAGAAGCAGACAAGGAUCCAGUGAUCCAGAUAGCGUCGAUGGUGCAGCGCCAGGGUGAGACGGAGCCCUUCAUCCGCACAGUGUUCACGCUCCAGUCCUGUGCCAGUAUUGUGGGCUCGCAGAUUUUGUGCUUCACUCAGGAAAAGCAGCUACUGCAGAGCUGGGCUGAGUUCUUGAGGACGGUGGACGCCGACAUCAUCACCGGAUACAACAUCCAAAACUUUGACUUCCCCUACUUGCUCAACAGGGCGGCUGCUUUGAAGGUUAAUCUGUUUCCAUAUUUGGGCCGAGUGAGAGGGAUCAAGUCGGUGUUGCGAGACCUCAACUUCCAGAGCAAGCAGAUGGGCCGCAGAGAGAACAAGGUCAUCAACAUGGAGGGCCGCGUUCAGUUUGAUCUGCUGCAGGUUCUCCUGAGGGACUACAAACUGCGCUCAUACACGCUGAACGCCGUGAGUUUCCACUUCCUGCAAGAACAGAAAGAGGACGUGCAGCACUCCAUUAUCACUGACCUGCAGAACGGCAACGAACAGACGCGGCGCCGCUUGGCCGUGUACUGCCUGAAAGACGCGUAUCUGCCGCUGCGGCUGCUUCAGAAGCUGAUGUGCGUCAUCAACUACAUGGAGAUGGCCAGAGUGACGGGCGUGCCCCUCACCUACCUGCUGUCCAGAGGUCAGCAGAUCAAGGUCGUAUCACAGCUGCUGAGACAGGCCGCCAAGCAGGACCUGGUGAUGCCUGUUGUGAAGUCGCAGGGAGGAGAAGAUUACACUGGAGCUACUGUCAUUGAGCCGGAGAAAGGCUAUUACAGCGUUCCCAUUGCCACCUUGGAUUUUUCGUCCCUGUAUCCGUCCAUCAUGAUGGCUCACAAUCUGUGCUACACCACCUUGCUGCAGAAAGGGGCGGCGGAAAAACUGGGGUUGUCACCGGAGGACUUCAUCAAGACCCCCACUGGUGACCAGUUUGUGAAGAGCUCCGUGAGAAAAGGCCUCCUCCCUGAGAUCCUGGAGAACCUUCUAUCAGCCAGGAAGAGGGCGAAGUCUGAGUUGAAGAAGGAAACGGACCCUUUUAAGAAGCAGGUGUUGGAUGGCCGACAGCUGGCCCUGAAGAUCAGCGCCAACUCCGUCUACGGCUUCACGGGGGCUCAGGUGGGCAAGCUGCCGUGCCUGGAGAUCUCUCAGAGUGUGACUGGUUUUGGAAGACAGAUGAUAGAGGAAACCAAAAAGUGUGUGGAAUCCAAGUACACCAUCUCCAACGGUUACCAAGGCGACGCCAAGGUGAUCUACGGAGACACGGAUUCCGUCAUGGUAAAGCUGGGCGUGGCCACGGUGCAAGAGGCCAUGAACGUGGGAAAAGAGGCGGCGGAGUGGGUGUCGUCCCAUUUCAUAGCGCCCAUCAAACUGGAGUUUGAGAAGGUGUACUACCCGUACCUGCUGAUCAACAAGAAGCGCUACGCCGGCCUCUACUUCUCCUCCAGUGCAGAUGUGCAUGACAAGAUGGACUGUAAAGGCAUUGAAACGGUCCGCAGAGACAACUGCCCCCUGGUGGCUAACCUGAUAAACACCUGCCUCCAGAAAAUCCUCAUUGACAGGGAUCCCCAGGGUGCCGUCGCUCACGCCAAAGAGGUCAUCUCUGACCUGCUGUGCAACCGCAUCGACAUCAGCCAGCUGGUCAUCACCAAGGAGCUGACUCGCACCGCCCAGGAGUACGCCGGCAAACAGGCGCACGUGGAGCUGGCCGAGAGGAUGAAGAAGAGAGACGCUGGCAGCGCCCCCAACCUCGGAGACAGAGUUCCGUACGUCAUCGUGAAGGCCGCCAAAGGAGCGGCGGCGUACAUGAAGUCAGAGGACCCCAUCUACGUGCUGGAAAACAACAUCCCCAUCGACACGCAGUACUACCUGGACCAGCAGCUAGCCAAGCCCCUGCUGAGAAUAUUUGAGCCAAUUCUUGGCGAGAGCAAGGCAGAGAGCAUCCUCCUCAAGGGCGACCACACGCGCUGCAAGACGGUGUUGACGUCCAAGGUGGGAGGUCUCAUGGCGUUUGCUCAGAAGAGGAGCACCUGCAUUGGCUGCAAAGCUGUGCUCAAGACAGACGCUGCUGUGUGCGAUUUCUGUAAGAAGAAGGAGUCGGAACUGUACCAAAAAGAGAUUUUCCAUCUAAACACUCUGGAGGAGCGUUUCUCUCGCCUGUGGACUCAAUGUCAGCGCUGUCAAGGCUCCCUCCACGAGGACGUGCUCUGCACCAGCCGGGACUGCCCCAUCUUCUACAUGAGGAAGAAGGUUCAGAAAGACCUGGAGGAUCAGAGCAAGCUGGUGGCUCGUUUCGGAUGGUGAGAGAACGGAAGGGACUGUAUUUUUGUUAGUCUUUGUAAAAAAUGAAUAUUUCUUUGUAUUUUUCAUAUGAAUUAAAAUCACAUACAGCUGUCUUUUUUUGUAUGAUUUUUCAUUGAAUAUUGUAGUGCUUUUCUAUGACUCUGUUGCCUAUUGCCUGCCAUUGCAUUGCAGCAUCAUACUUGAACAGUGCAGACUGAGCCACAGUGUAACGUCCCAACACAAUCUGAUGCUCUUUUGUAACUUUAAUCUUACCUGAACACAACAGCAGUGCGAUUCCAACACCGGACAUGCAUCUCCAACUCACAAACACGUCUCUGGUUCCUUUGUCAUCACAACAGCUUCAUGUAUGU